AAGAAUAUGAAGUAUUUCAAAUUGAUAAGGGAUUUUCUUAUUAUAGAAUGUUUCAAUUUAUUAUGAAGUGGGCUAUGAAAAUUUUUUUAUAUAUUAUGAUUAUUUUUCUAUAUAUUAUAAUAACAGUUAUCAUGAUAAUUAUUCGUAUAAUUUUGCUCUACCUUUACAUUGCAUUAUGCAUAAACCUGAUUUAUUACGCUUUCAUCAUACCAGUUAUAUUAUGGUAUUUCAGUGGCAUUACUAAGUUUACUGAUCCCCUUGCAAUUAUUGUUAUUUUUGUAUUGUUUUUAAUAUUUAUAUUAUUAUUCAUGGUUGCUAUUAAAAUAAUGUGUAAGGUUGGUAAACAUAUAAUUCCAUUCAUUUUUAGUUGUGGUUUUUAGAUAGUUAAAUAUAGUAUAUUUGCGAAUAGGGCUGUGACUAUGCAUUAUGUACAUAACGCACAUCAAUAACUAAAGCAAGUACACACUCAAAUUAUGAUAAGUUUUAUUUAUUUGUAUUCACAACA